AUGGACAGAGAAGACAUGGAAGAGGGCUUACUAGCUCUAUCAAGGUCAAAGUCCAGUAUCAAUGGAGCUUCAGGUGUUGUGGUUCUGAGCACAUUGGUAGCUCUAUGUGGUUCCUUCAGCUAUGGCUGUGCUAUAGGAUACUCGUCAUCUGCUGAAUCAGGAAUUUUGGAAGACUUGGGCCUUACUGUUGCAGCAUACUCGAUUUUUGGUUCAACAAUGACGAUUGGUGGAAUGAUUGGUUCAUUAGUAAAUGGAAAGAUGACAGAUCUCGUUGGUCGUAGAGGGACAAUGUGGUUUUCUGAAAUAUUCAGUGCUGCAGGGUGGCUCGCUAUAGCAUUUGCACAGAAUGCUUGGUGGCUGGAUGUAGGACGGCUGUCAGUUGGAUUUGGUGUCGGUAUACUUUGCUACGUGGUACCUGUAUACAUAGCAGAGAUAACACCUACUGAUCUUAGAGGCCGGUUUACUUCAGCUACUCAGUUGAUGCUUUGUUGUGGAGUAGCACUGAUGUACUUCCUUGGAAAUAUCAUUCCCUGGCGGACCUUGGCUUUAAUCGGUGCUGUUCCAUCUCUUGUACACAUAGUAGGUCUAUUUUUCAUUCCAGAGUCUCCAAGGUGGCUGGCUAAAGUUAGUAGGCAAAAAGACUUUGAAGCGACUCUUCAGCGCCUUAGAGGAAAGAACACUGACACAUCUCAAGAAGCAGCUGAUAUCAUGGAUUAUACAGAGAUGUUUCAGCAAAACUCAGAAAGUGUCCUAAAGUUGUUCGAAAAGAAAUAUGCUCGCUCACUCAUUAUUGGAGUUGGGCUCAUGUCACUGCAACAAUUUGGGGGUACCAAUGCAGUAGCAUAUUAUGCAAGUUCUAUAUUUGUAGAUGCAGGUUUUUCAAGUAGCAUUGGGACCAUAUCAUUGGCUAUCAUAGGGAUACCCGGUGUUACAUCGAGUGUGCUCUUAACAGACAAAGUCGGAAGACGACCACUUCUAAUGGCUUCUGCUGGCGGAUUGUGCUUCAGUGCCCUCCUUGUGGGUUUGGCAUUCUGCUUUCAGGAACUGGACCUGCUAAAGGAUGUCACUCCUAUUUUGGUGUUCAUUGGCUUGUUGGCUCAAAGUGUAGCAUACACAACAGGCAUGGCAGGACUGCCCUGGGUUAUUAUGUCCGAGAUAUUCCCUAUAAACGUUAAAGGUUCAGCCGGAAGCCUGCUGAGUUUGGUGAACUGGUCAUGUGCUUGGAUAGUAACAAUAAGCUUCAAUUACAUGAUGGAAUGGAGCUCAGCAGGGACAUUCCUAUUCUUCUCAUCGAUUUGCGGCUUAACACUUCUGUUCGUAGCAAAGCUAGUGCCAGAGACCAAGGGGCGAACCUUGGAAGAAAUACAAGCCUCAAUGUAUCCAAACAUGGGCAGCAGAGGAAACAUAGAAGCAGGAGAGUUAACAAGUCCUCUGCUUGACGUCGCCGGCGGUCGGAACAGCUGUGCCGAUGACGGUGGUGGAAGUAGUAGGAGUAAGCAAAGUGGAAGUGGAAGUGAAAAUUCUUCAGCCACAAGUAUGGUUGUGUUCAGCACCUUGGUUGCCGUGUCUGGUUCCUAUGUUUUUGGGUCUGCGGUGGGAUAUUCAUCACCUGCUCGGUCAGGAAUCAUGGAUGAUUUGGGCCUCUCUGUUGCUGAGUACUCAGUUUUCGGUUCAAUAUUGACUAUUGGAGCGAUGAUAGGGGCAGUAGUGAGUGGGAGAAUGGCAGAUUACAUAGGUAGAAGAGGCACUAUGGGAUUUUCACAGAUAUUCUGCAUUUUUGGAUGGCUAGCCAUAGCUCUUUCUAAGGUUGCUUGGUGGGCUGAUCUUGGAAGACUAUUGGUAGGAUGUGGAAUGGGGCUUCUAUCUUAUGUGGUGCCCAUAUACAUAGCAGAGAUAACUCCCAAGAAUCUGCGAGGAGCAUUUACAACAGUUCAUCAGCUGAUGAUAUGUUGUGGUGUUUCACUAACAUAUCUUAUUGGGGCUUUUGUGAACUGGCGAGCUUUGGCACUCAUUGGAACUAUUCCUUGUUCUGUACAAAUUUUUGGUCUCUUCUUCAUUCCAGAGUCUCCUAGAUGGCUGGCAAAAAUUGGUCAAGAGAAAGAGAGUGAAGCUGCUCUUCAGCACCUUAGGGGGAAGAAUGCUGACACAUCUGGAGAAGCAGCUGAGAUUAGAGAUUAUACGGAAACUCUGAAGCGUCUCUCAGAACCAAGCAUUCUUGACAUAUUUCAACGGAGAUAUGCUCAUUCCCUCCUUGUCGGAGUUGGCCUGAUGGUUUUGCAACAAUUUGGAGGGGUUAAUGGCAUUGCCUUCUAUGCAAGUACCAUAUUCAUUUCAGCUGGGUUCUCGGAUAGUAUAGGGACUAUAGCUAUGGUUGGUGUUCAGAUUCCGAUGACUGCUUUGGGAGUAGUUUUGAUGGAUAAAUCAGGAAGACGUCCACUUCUUCUGGUAUCCUCAGCAGGAACAUGCUUAGGUUGCCUCUUUGUGGGAUUGUCAUUCUUGUUGCAGGACCUUCAAGGAUGGAGUCAGGUUACUCCCGUUUUCGCGCUUGUUGGCGUACUGGUAUAUACAGGAUCAUUCUCAUUAGGCAUGGGAGGAAUUCCUUGGGUUAUAAUGUCAGAGAUAUUUCCUAUAAACAUGAAAGGCUCGGCCGGAAGCCUGGUGACAGUGGUGAGCUGGUUAGGUUCUUGGAUUGUGUCAUAUGCAUUUAAUUUCCUAAUGGAUUGGAAUUCAGCAGGGACAUUCUUCAUGUUUUCAAGCAUUUGUGGAGUAACUGUUAUCUUUGUUGCAAAGCUUGUACCGGAGACAAAGGGGCGAACACUUGAAGAAAUACAAGCCUCUAUGAAUCCGUUUUCUGUGAAACGAUGAAUGGCAUAUGCUUUGAUGAUCAUGACAUUGUCUUAAUCAUUCAGCGAGCUAUGUCUUGCCAUCAAACUCCGGUGACUGCUGUUAGACAAUAAAAAGGUGGUUACUGCUUCAACUUCAAGCAAGUCUUGAAGGUUAUGGAUUCUCUUAGCUAGGACCACUCUUGCUAUUCAAACGGUACUUUCAUAUACCUGGUUGCUUGGUGCAGAUUACAGAACCAGAUUGACAACUUUA